AGCUGCAUAGGAGUUGAGGCCAGAGGGUUUCUAUUUGGUCCUUCAAUAGCGUUGGGAAUCGGUGCAAAAUUCGUUCCUCUUCGUAAGCCCAACAAAUUGCCAGGAGAUGAUAUUAUAUCGGAGAGUUAUGUGCUUGAAUACGGUAAAGAUUGUUUAGAGAUGCAAAGUGGUGCUGUUCAAACUGGCGACCGUGUCCUUGUUAUUGACGAUUUAGUCGCUACCGGAGGGACACUAUCCGCCGCCAUAACACUCCUAGAGCGGGUUGGAGCAGAGGUUGUGGAAUGUGCUUGUGUUGUAGGUCUUCGAGAACCCAAGGGCCAUACCAGACUAAAUGGGAAACCCUUGUAUAUUCUUGUUGAGCCUCGCCAAUAUACAUUUUAA